AUGGAAUCUGGUGAAUCGGAAGAGCUCUUGAUGCAACAAAAUGGAAGUCGAAUAGAAGAAGAAAUUGCAUUCGAAAUCCCCGUGCUUCCAAACGGAAAAGAGCUUUGUUUGCAUUUGGAGGAGAAUUGGGGCGAUUUGAUGUGGAUCGGGCUGAAUUGUGUCGAGAUUUUCACGAAUCAAGGAACAAGGGCCACAGUUGAUAAGAUUUCCACCUCAUCUUUGGGCACUCAAUUGGGCAAUAUGAAUUGUGUGUUGGUGGAGAAUUUCGGGUGCACUGAUGGAGCACAAAUGUGGUGUGCGAGUGUUGAAGAGGCUCCAAUUGAUCUCCGCCUGCAAUUCAGCAAAGAAGAGACGAUUGCGAUGAUUCGAAUUUGGAACUACAACGAGUCCCGUGUGCAUGCACAGCGAGGCGUUCGACGCUUGAAGAUUUUCCUCGAUCAAGCAUUGAUCUUUAAAGGUGAGAUCAAAUGCGCCUACGAGUCCGAGGAGGAAGUCGAGGGAAUGGGCGAUACAGUGCUUUUCACCACCGAUGAGUCGAUUCUCGAGGCGAUCGCUCACAAUGAUCUCUGUCUCAUUCAUGACUUCGAUUUCGCCACAAGCACCAUGGAUGUGCGCACGCAAAAUGAAAUCACUGAAACAUCAAUGGUCCAAUUCACGCCAUAUCGGCCGACAACUGGGGAAUUGUUGGAGACAUCAAGAGAAACAACAAAGAUUUCAUCGAAUCAAGAAAAGCUUUCAACAAUGGCAUCGACAACAAUUUCUCAAAUUAAAGCUAAAGUUCUUCACAUUGAAUUACUCUCAAAUUGGGGAAGUCCGGAUUCGAUUGGGUUGACGGGGAUUGAAAUCCUCGGUAGCAACAGUGAAGCGAUUGAUUUGAGUGAUGCGCAAAUCUCGGUAAUCAAUGGAGAAGCGGGCGUUGAUCGACUAGUGAAUGGCCGAAAUCUAACCCGCCUUCGCUCCGAGAUGUGGUUGAGUGCGUUUGAUGGAAAUCAUCCACCCACGAUCACCCUCAAUUUCACACAACCACAAACAAUUGCUGGCAUCUCUUUUUGGAAUUACAACGCAUCUCCUGAACUUUCAUACGCCGGUGUAAGAGAGGCGAGAAUACACGUGAACUCGAAGCUCGUCGUGGGCAGUGCUUUGUUGAGGAAAGCACCGGGCUUUGUCUUCUUCGAUUUUGUGCAAGAUGUCCCGUUCACGAGAUUUCUCUCCACUCGUUCAGCCAUUCAACGCCCGCUCACUCAUUCAAUUGAUGGAUUUAUCUUUCAACUUCGUCUCUUAUCCACUUGGGGUGACGAGUUCUACAUUGGAUUGAAUGGGAUCGAGUUGAGAGAUCGAAAGGAUCGAUCGUUCAAGUUAAAACCACAUAAUCUAGCCGCUUUCCCGGAGUCGAUCAACAUCCUCCCGAUGGUUGAGGGAGAUCCGAGAACGAGCGAUAAUCUGAUCAAUGGGCAAAAUGAUAUGGAUAGACCAGAAAACAUGUGGCUGACCCCACUUCUGCCCAAUCGAUGUGCCCGCAUCUUUUUCAUUUUCGAUGAGCCGACUUUUGUCUCGAAGAUCGUCAUCUAUAACUAUCGGAAAACUCCCGAGAGGGGUGUUCGACAUAUUUCGGUAUCAGUGGACGAUCUGAUCGUGUUCAGCGGAGAAGUUCCGGCAUCAAGUCAAAGUCAAACUGGCAUUCUCGAGGUCGGGAUGAGAGAGGAU